UUCAUUACAAUUAGCUUAUUUAUUCUGUUAAAAAAAUAAUUUUUAUAUUUUAUUUUAGAGGAACUUAACAAAACCUUGUUCAAGAACUUCAAAAUUAGUAAAAUAGUAAAUAUAAUGAAUUAUAGAUUAAUAUAGAAAUAUGAACUUAAUAAGGAUUCAAAUAUUAUAGCGUUAAAUAGAGAUAUAGGAAUAAAAGAAUAAUGGAAUAAAAAAUCUAUAUAUAAUAAUGAAAAUUUCUUAACACAAAAAGAGAAGAUAUCUAAUAGAUAUCCAUUAAAUAAGGCUCAAUUCAAUUAUAAUAGUAGAAUUUUUGAUAGAAAAUAUUUUUAUAUUGAAAAGGAAUGGAUAAAGAAAAUAGAUUAUGAUGUUUUUUUUGAAAUAAAGAGGAGAAUUCUGGGUAUAUCAUGUAGAAGCUAUGGAUUUGGAGUUAUUAUAUUUUUUCUUUUUUCUUUGUCAGGAAUAACUUCUUCAACAGUAAGAAGAAUGGGAUAUUUAAAUACUGUAAACGAAAAGCUUAUAGAACAUAUAAAAUUAAUUGUAAUGUUGGAAGAUGUAUACACAGUACAACCCUAUACUAGUAUAAUGACCUUUAGGAUACAUAUCACUAUGACAGAUAUCCUAUUUUUGAUAACAAUUUACACGAUCUUUUGCAAUAAUGAAAGGUAUAAAAAAAUCAAGUUGAUUAAUGAG